AAAUGUAAUUUGCUAAAAAAAAAAAAACAAAAACUGCCACACCGGACACUCAGAGAUAUCGUAGUCGUUUUGCGGAAUUCUGUAUGGGAAAUUCGUCAAAUUAGUGCCAACGCUAUGGAGAGUGUUUACAAAUCGACAAUAGGCUACUUAUUUCUUGUUGUACGGAUGAUGCUGUUUCAUGAACGUCGUUUCUUUGGAAAAACAUGACCCUCGGAAGUGUCACACAAAGGUAUAACGCAUUGACGACAGAAGGAAGUGAUUCGUCUCAUUCAAGCAUUUCUUCUAUACCGGCGUCGAAAUUUAAUGACGAAAUCUCAUCGGUGAUAAAAAUUGGUACGGUAAAGGUUCGCUUCACGCAGCAGAACUCGAACACAGCUAAAAGGAAAAACGACCACAUCGCGGCGUCGCCUACGGAAGAAGCUGCCAAGCUAGCCGAAGAAGAGGAACAUAACUGCUGCGGGGUACGAUGGCCUCCCUCGCGUAUCCCUCUGGCAGCGUACUCUAAUAAUAGAUGUCGAAUAAGUCUUAGUCGCAAUACCCGUACAAAUGAAGAGCGCCGAAAUUUCACCAGAUCGCCAGUACGCUAUUGCACGUCUGAAUGGACACAACAAGUUCCGCACGUUCGUCCCUCCCUGGCCGAUUGCUUCGGUAGACGAAAUUUCAAGUCGAAAAAGUGCAACCGCAAUGAUAUCGAAUGCGAACCGUGCGCCGUUUUAGAUAGCACCGAUUCAUCUGGGUCGUUGUCGUCGACUUCGUAUUGCAAUCGCGAACAAAAAAAUGUUUUCGAGUCGGCUAUCGUCUGUUCUCGCGAAUCGGAUUGUUCGAUUUAUAAUUGCGAUAAACGUGGUUUAAUUUCGUUCUGCGAAGAGCCAUCAACCGACAGCACGCUGGAUCGAUUCCAAAAAUUCGGUUUCGGAGGGGAUAGGGUGAAGAAGAAUGCUGGAAGGAGAGGCAGCGGUGGUAAUCAUAAAAAGAAAACACAACGCAGUUCCGAUAAAACAAUCAAUUUGAAAAAACUCACUGAUAAACUGAUACAAAGUUCGUCGCAUCGAUCCGAUCACGAAAACAAUGCUGAGCCGGAAUCGUCUAGUAAUGCGGCAGCAGUGGCCGCUGAACCACCGAAGCCUAUGCAGGAGCUCAUACCGUUGAAGCUAAACACCGACGAGAAGGUCAACGAUAAAGAUGAUAUAUUUGAAGGAGUGAAUCUGAACUUGGCGAAACCGGAAUCCAGAACAAUAGUCGGAUCGUACUACCAAAGAUCUAUUCCAUUUCGAAGCGCUUCAUUUUCUCAAGUACAUUACUCCCCCGAAGAUAGGAAAUACAUCCGAAAUAGUCGCAAAAUUGGCGUUUCAAAGAAGAACAUUCCAAAUGCUGCUGAUAACUGCGCUACAUUACCAAGAACCAACGCUUCCACGUUGAGCGUCGCUGAUGAAAACUUCGAUUCACAAAUCGAUGUCGAUAAUACCAAUAGUUUUCUGUCAAAUUACACAUUUGUUGGCGAAAGCAAAACUGCUGCAAGUGCCGAGCCACCCUGCUCGAAUGAAAGAGAAACUCAAAAGGAACCUGUUGGUAACGAGCAGGUCGUUUCAACAGAGCUACCAACACCAUUAUCGAAUGAAUUGCCAGACAGUGUUUCGUUGAUAGAACUAGAGCCUGCUGUUCCAUUGAAAGCAACCAUUACUCCUAUCAAUGCUCCUGAAUCCGAUAAACCUAUUCCACAAGCACCCAAACGAUCGAAACAUAAACAUAAACACAGACAUAGACAUUGCGGUAGAUUGUAUUUCUCGGACGAGAACAUCUUUUCGUCAAAUAUUACCGACGAGAGUUGCAAACAAGAUGAGAUAGAAAAUUCCGAAAGUCUUCCGGAAAUCUUACCUGUGAUUCGUACAGCUCCUAAUAGCGACACUGAAAUGGAAAAAGAACCAAGCCCUCCGGCUCCUGUCGCAGAAAUCACCACUGAAUCGAUCGAAACGGCAGAUAAACCUACUUCCAACGACGAGCCCGAUAAAUUCGAUAAUGAAAAUAGCUCAGGUAUCGAAAUGUUUGUCACUGAUUGGACGGAAAAAGAAAAGCCCAACGAAAUCGUCAGCGUCGUCGAAGAGGAGCCCCCUUCAGAUCAGAGUAAACUAAUUAACGAAACGCCCACCGAAGAAAAACCUGCUCCCAGUUUGAACAUCGAUAACAAUAACAAUGCUCAUUCAAACGAAAACGUCGAUAUGUUCCAUUGCCAAACGACUCCAUCUAGUCCGGAAGAAAUGCUGAAACCUCAAUGGCCGAUUGUGCCGAGAAAUCGUCGUUUAACCCCACAAACGUCUACGGAAAAAGAUGACGAAUCAGAAUCAUACUCGCCGCGUAAAUACCUGUAUUCUCGUGGUGACUCGUUUUCCGAAACCGAAAGUGAUCAGGGAGAUAAACGUUCGGUAUCUCCGGGGCAUAGAGAAGGUAGGUUAUCUCCGUUAACGUAUGGAAAUCCAGAAUUGUCGGAUUCGGAUUCGCGUAGCGUAGGGACACCUCGUGGUCCGCAGUCGCCUGUUCCGUAUUCGAAACGUCCGCUUCGAGGUCCGUAUCUCGAAAUGAUCGUAAACGAGCAAAAACGACCGGAAAAUAAAACGAGUUUUGCCGAUUUGCAAUUUCUUGAAAAUCGUAGUCCGCAAAAUGCAAAUUGGUACGGUAAUAGUAGUGAUAGGGCAGUCGAUGAUUAUUACCUGCGUAGAAGUAACACCUCUCCUAAUUCCAAUAAAUUGAACGUUGUGCCGUUGCCGAAGAGAAAAAUCAGCGCUAAUAUACCGUUUUCGAGUUCCGCAUCGUUAAGGACUACAACCGAUGAAAAAGGAGUUAUCCAUCAUCAACGAACUACCUCCAGUCCGUCACAGCUCGAGUAUUAUCCCGAUUUACUGAAUAACCCUCAGCAUGGAUCGAUGCCUAGUCAGCAAUUACUUCACCAACUGCUGAGGGGAAGUUCCGAACGAAGUUUAGUGCAAGAUGUUGGCGUUGAUUCGUUGAAAAACAUGUAUCCGGCACCUACUUAUAAGGAUACCAGAUCUCAUAUUGUGGUUGAAUUGUACGAUACCGAGCACUCGUACGUGGAAUCGUUACGAAUUUUAGUUACCAAAUACCUGCAGCCGUUGAAAAGCCCAGAGUUUUCUAGUUUAAUCGAACCAGCUACGGUGCAAGAAAUAUUUUACCAGAUUCCGGAAAUACUCGCUUACCACGAAGAAUUUCUAGAAGAAUUACGUGUACGCUUGGAAGGAUGGAACAGGGGUAAAUGCAUCGGUGAUAUAUUUUUAGAAACGUUUACGAAAGAGACGGUCAUAGAUUCGUACAUAGCGUUUAUAAAUAAUUGGAAGUCGGCUAAGGAAGCUAUAAAGCAAACGUGCCACAUGAAACCGGCAUUUGCAAAAUUUCUAGAGGCGAUGGCCAAAGAACAUAAAGGAAAGUUGGCCUUAGAUUCGUUAUUAAUUAUGCCGGUACAAAGAAUUCCACGUUACGAACUUUUAAUUCAGUCUUUAAUAAAACACACGGAAGUUUGCCAUCCGGAUUUCGAGAAAUUACAAGAAGCCCUGCACCAAGUCCACGAGCUGGCAGUGCGAAUAAACUGCACCGAACGUGAAAACUUGGAAUUAGAACAGAUCGAAAACUUGAUCGACGGCUUGGGUAAUUUGGUAUCAGCUGAUCGUCAAUUUUUGAGAUACGAUUUAGUCAGCAUGACCUCGGGACAAGGAUUAAGUCGUAAAGAACGUGCCCUGUUUCUUUUUAAUGAUCUCCUUAUAAUUACCAGCGUAAAAAGACGAAGUAGUACGGUGAAAAAGCCACUUUCAAGUAGUCCUGGUAGCAUAGCUAGUUCAUUAGAAGCAAAUAAAUAUAAAUUACUGAUGAAAAUUCCGCUAGAACAUUUGGACAUAGUGAAAGUGAAAGAUGAUAAUUUACGAAGAAUUAUGAAAGAAAUGGAGUUUUUAUCCGAAGAUGUAAACACACUGUCGCAAAUGUCAGAUUUAGUUUCUUCUUUACAUUGUCCUCAUAGUCAGUUAGAAGAAAGCAUUAGAGAAAUGCUAGGCGCUCUUAAUAAACAAUUAAAUGAAAGACAUAUCAGCGAAUCGCAACUAUCGUAUUUAGAACUGGCCCUAAGUACAAGGAAUAGUGUAGAAAAUAUAUCGGCAGUAUUUCCAAAACCUGAGAAAAGAACAAGUUGGGAAGAAACAUUCUUCGAAGCGAAAGCCAGACUGAAUGUGUCAGGCGAUAGAAGAUUGUGUCCUGAAUUUUUAACAUCAGUUCCUAUUCGUAAAACACGCGCAGGAUUGCAAUUCACUUGCGCUACGGCUGCGUACAAUCAACAAGACGUUUGGGUUUGUAAUAGUGACGGUUUUGUCGGUCAGGUGUGCAUUUUAAGCUUACAUCCAGAGCCUGCAGUGACAUCUUGUAACGGAGUUUGUAACGCUAGAAUUUUAUCCGUUACUUCCGUUCCAGUGUCACGAAUUAUAGAGAAAUUCAACGCUGAUGCACAAACAGAUUCCGUUAAAGGCGACUCCUAUGAAGAAGUAAACGAAAGCAUUCCAUUAGAUAAUAACGAAGGCGAUAUUCCCGAUAUACAUUUAGACAGUAGUUCAUCAAGUGAAGAUGAAGAUGGCGAAGAAGAAUUAAGCAUAGAAGAAUUGAAAAUAACCGAUAAUUCCAAUUCGGAAAAUGGCGACUCGACGAUGUGGUUGGGUACUGAAGACGGAUACAUCUAUAUUUUUAAUUGUACAGAUAGUUUAAGAGUUAAAAGAAACAAACAGAAGUAUAAACAUAAUUCCGCGGUCUAUUGCAUUUUGUACCAUGAUAAAAAUGUAUUCGUUUCAUUAGCUGACGGUGAAGUUCAUGUGUAUAGCUGGAGUCCGGUUUCAGGAUGGAAUCUUACCGAUCCAGUUACUAUCAUACGAGUUGGAUGUAAAACAACGCCUGCGCUACGUAUGUUACUAGUUUGUGGAAAGUUAUGGUGCAUUUGCCAUAAUAUAAUCAAAGUUAUAAGUUUCCAGACUCUGAAAGUUGAGAAUUCCUUCACGUUGAAUGAAAAUAACAGAGCAAUCACAGCAGUCGCAGUAUUCGGUUACGGCGUAUGGCUUUCGCUGCAGAAUUCAGCGAUGUUACGAGUCGUUCAUGCCAUCUCAUGCGAAAUCUUGGCUGAAGUCAAUGUUACUCAGGCUGUUACUAAAAUGCUAUCAGGUACCGAUGACAUUAUUAGACAACAUAAAUCAGCCUGUUUACGUGUAACUGCGUUAUUAGCGUGCAAAGAUUUACUAUGGAUUGGAACCAGCGCAGGCGUCGUAUUAACCAUGUCUUUACCUGUGGUUAAACGUGAUACGACAAAACUAACCAAUAUCCAACCUCCAAUUGGUGUACCGCAUGGACAUACCGGACAAGUACGAUUUUUAACUUCCGUAAAAUGCACUAAAAAUUACAAUAACGCACGACGUUCUUCCAAAGCCGCGAGUAAAAAAAGUGUUCGAACCAAAACUUCGAAAAUGUUGGUUAUAUCUGGAGGCGAUGGAUACGAAGAUUUUCGUUCCAAUUCUGUGCCUGAAGUCUCCGGUAGAGAAGAUUCCACCAAUCACUUGUUGAUUUGGCGAGUUUAAGAGUUACACGAUCUUUUUCUUUUCAUCGUCUCGACUUCGACUUUUUAUAAUUUGUAAUAACAAGACGUUCUGAUCAAUAGCUUUUUCAUCGUACGUGCGUCUAUGAAGUAUUUUCAAUUUUUUCGUGUACCUAGUAGGUACCUACCUAUCUACUCAUUUUUAUUGCUCAACUAUCCUGUCUUGUGUAAUAUGAUGGUUAAUUGUGCCUAUGUUGAAUUGAUGUGAAAUGGACGAUCAUGUCUUUCAAAUAUCAUUUCAGUAUUGUGGGACCAUUUUAAAGUUGAUUCCAAAAAUUUUAACAGUAUUUUAUGAUUUUUUUUCUUCUUUCAAAUUAAUUGGCCCUUUAAAAUUGUAUUAUACAUGUUAUUGAGAUCAAAAUUUUUAAAAACCAACACUUGGUGAAAUUCUUGUAAUCAUUGGUAUGUUUUACAUUAUUCUAAAUUUCUGAAAAAGAUUAAUUGUUUAGAAAACAAUUUUCUACUUUUCUAUUAUUUUUUUUCUCGCAAAAAAUCGUUCUAAUUUUAGAGGAUCCAAAAAGUAUAUCAACAGACAGAGUCGUAAGUGCUGAAACUCAGUUUUCGUCUACUUCCUGAACCAGUUUAUGGUUGUUUCGAGUCCAUCUGAAGUCUUCAAAAAUUUUUUAGAUUUUUCAGUUCUCAAAGAAUACUUUUAAAGAAGUACCUAUACUCUUCUAAAGCCAUUGUACUCCUUUUUUAAUUUUUUUGUACUCAUUAGAAGUUUCCUUUAAUGUAGGUACGAGUACUUGCAUUUUAAAUUCAUUUAAACUGAAAAUAAUUUUUAUAAAAUUGAAUAGGUAUCAAUUUUCCUCACAUUCACAAUAUCUCACUCGUUGUAUUUCAAUACUACAUAUUUUUCGUGUUUUAUAAAAUCUUUUAAAUUAUCUAUCAAAUAUGUAUGUUAAAACGUAGAAUUAAGUUUAUUCUUGAUGUUGUUUUGUUUUAUUUUAAUAAUUGAAAAGUUAAACUUUUCUCGACUCUCAAAACACCUACUCGGAAUAUUCCUCAUCGACAAAUAAAUUUUGUUUGAAAACAAUUAUGGGAAAAAAUUUCGUUUUGCCUUCCACUUCAACUUUUAGGCCUAUUUUCUCUGUGUGAAUAACUUUUUUUUGACCCAUUUCCAAUCCAGGCGAGAUAGGUCAGAAUGGGUUUUAUUGCUGAAAAAAAAAAUAUUUCUACGAAUAUUAUAUCAUCUAUGUACCUACCUACUACAUAUUACUUCAUCAUCAUCUCUUGUGAAGAUUAUCGCGGAUACUGUUUUUGUUUAAAACUCUUAAACAUCUUAUAAUUAAGUUAUAACCUAGAUAAUUUGUUGCAUCUUUUUCGAAUUCUUCCUUCAUUUGUAAGUUGUGUAAUUUUUAAAUGAUAUCUGUCUAUCUUUAAUAAGCGUCGAACUUGAAAAAUAUCGUCCCGAUUCUUUGUACUAAUUCCGAUAGGUGAUCGUGAAACUUUUUCUCAUAACAUACCUAUAUCCAUGUUUUUAAUAAGUUUUUUUUUGUACAGUGUUGUAACGAUUUUUUGUGUUAUUAAUUUGAAUUAAAUAUUUUCAGUUAGUAUUAUGUCA